GUAGCAGCCCAACAGUUGCGACGAGAAGAAGCAGGUCUUACCGCGACAGACCGCACUGCAGCGCACUUUCACGAGGAAGCUACGCCCCUGGCACCUCAUGGACCGGGUAUUGCACUUGCCCCCUCGUUGAUAGACAGGCACAUAAAUCAACUCAUCAUUAACUGCGCUAUCAAUUGGAACCUGACCUUCGCGCUGAAGCUGUGAACGGGACAAUGCGCUACCGCCUGAGCCGACCAUCUUCAGCACCCCAGCGACGCCACCCACUCUCCCGAUAAAGCAACCCGACGCAAAUUCUUCAACAAGUUCUACACGUCUGUAUUGCCCGGUUAGAUUCAGCGAUGGCAGCCCCAACCUCGACUUCUGCAAGCAGCAGCAGCAAGCGGCACUCGAUUCUCCCGUCAGUGUCCCAGGCAGGCCCGAAGCCGCCGGUACAGUUCUCGUCAUCCAUCACGAUCGCCGACUCGGCGCUGCUGACGGGAUCGCACAUGAUUGUGGUCGGCUCUGAGAGUGUGAUCCACCCUCGGGCGCGGCUGGAUUCGAGCGGCGGGCGCAUCACGAUCGGCCGGCGGUGCAUUGUGCACGAGCGCAGCAUAGUCGGCGGCAACGCCGCGACGGUGACGCUCUCGCCGUCGCGAGGGAGCAAGACGUCCGACAUGCUGCUCUCGCCGCUGCCGUCGUCCGCGGGGGUCACGCUGGCCGACUAUGUGCUGGUGGACGUGGGCGCUGUGAUCGAAGCAGGCGACACGGUAGUGGGCGAGGGCACGACUGUCGGGGUCGGGGCCAGGGUGUGCGCAGGUGCCGUUGUUGGAAAGCACUGCACACUCACUCCACACACGGUGGUUGCGGCGGGCGAUGUAGUGCCGGACUUCACCGUCAUCUACUCUAAGGGCCUGCGCCGGAGAGACUUGCGCGGCGUGCCGGAGCUCAGGAACAAGGGACAGGCGCGCCAGAUUGAGGUGCUACGGAGAAUGAUACCCAGUAAUCCAGGAAAGUUCAGUAGCUAGAAAUAGUUUUACUCGCAACUCUUAUUUGAACAAGUGUAAAGUCUAC